CGAGUCUUUGAGCUACGCGCCAAACUUACUUCACGUAAACUCAUUAAAUAAGGAGCUUGCAAUAAACUGAAAAUUUUCAAUAUAUACUUACAUAAAUAGUUCUCCAAUUGUUUUUUUCAUACGUAAUAUUAAAAAAGCUCGACAGCUAUUAGAAUGCCCGUUUGAAUAAAUCAGUUUGGGACUAAAUUCAAGUGUAUUAUCGAGUGAUAAUUAGUGUACUGUGAAAAAUAAUGUAGCAAAAAUGUGAUAUUUAAAAAGAAUUUCGUCAUAUACAGUUGGCGAUCGCGAAAGGCAAAUGGAUUUCGGACGGUAGCUGAAGCGCCGUGGUGGCAUGCAGCGCCCACCGCGCGGCUUCUCCCACUUCCACUGCUCAUCCCUCUACGAACCAACCUUGACGAUAUCCAGUCUCCCACCCUUGCUCCUCAUUCUUAUUGUUUUUCCUUUAACGCAUACACAAAUGACGAAUAAUUCAACACUGCCUGAGAGAUAUUUUCAAAAUGAAGAAAUCCAUAAAGAAAACAAUUAUACUUUAAAGAAAGACAAUGAAAGCAAUAUAACAUUCAAACACAAAAACAUUACUACAGCUGUAAGUAAGGAAUAUCAAAUUUUAUUAGAUAGGUUUAGAAGAAAAAAGAUUAAAAAUAUGACAAGCGAAGAAAUCUUUUACGAUAUUGGCAAUUUAACUGAUAAUUUAGAUGAUAUUUCGACAAACAAUACUUUUAACGUAAGCCCACAUAUAAAUUAUUUACAUUAUCAUCAAAAACACUCAUUUAAAUUACAAAAUAUUGAUUUACUAAAUGCAAAUGACGCUGAUGAAACUAGCGCUAUCGAAAAAUUAAGGAUGGAUGAUGAAACUAGAACAAAAAUAUUUCACGAUUAUUAUUCUACAGUAAACAAAGUCAAUGCAAUUAAUGAGGAACACAAUACAAAUGAAUCAAUUACAAUAGAUGUUUUGGAUUAUAAUGAAACAAUCGAUAUAUUAUUUAAUGAAACCGAAAUUCCACAAACGGUAACUGAUCCGAAAAUCCGCAGGCGAUUUUCUAACCACUCAUUAGUGUUCCCCGAUAACCUUUCCUCUCCUCGCGUCCCGACGAUAAUGCAGACACCACGUCCGGGAUUUGUUGAAGAAAUAUCGAAAUCAAGCUCCAACCGUAUCGUGUCGAUCCUGGGCCUGUUCGAGCUGUCAGUGGGAGUAGCGCCGCGGGCCGAGGGCGCGUCGGAGCUGGCCGCCGCGCAGCUGGCCGUGCAACACGUCAACCGGCGCGGGCUACUGCCCGGGUACAAGCUGCACCUCUUCACCAACGACACCAAAUGUGACCCAGGUGUGGGCGUGGACCGAUUUUUUCACGCAUUGUACACGGAGCGUGACUUCAGGAUGGUCAUGUUACUGGGCUCCGCCUGCUCGGAGGUCACCGAGAGCAUCGCCAAGAUCGUGCCCUACUGGAACAUUGUUCAGGUAUCUUUCGGUUCUACGUCCCCUGCGCUCAGCGACCGCUCCGAGUUCCCGCUGUUCUGUCGCACCGUCGCCCCCGACUCGUCGCACAACCCUGCCAGGAUCGCAUUCAUCAGACAGUUCGGCUGGGACACCGUGACAGCGUUCUCGCAGAACGAGGAGGUGUACUCGUUGGCCGUCAACGAACUAGUGACGCAGCUGGAAGCCGCCAACAUCACCUGCGCGGCUUCCAUCACCUUCGCAGAGUCCGACUUCAAGGAGCAAUUGAAACAGUUAAAGGAGCUGGACACCCGAAUAAUCAUUGGUAGUUUUUCUCAGGAGAUGAUUCCCAAAAUAUUUUGUGAGGCUUUCAAGCUAGGGAUGUGGGGCGCGGAGUACGCGUGGGUGGUAGCGGGCGCGCCGCCGCGCCUGCGCGCCACGCCGCCGUGCGCGCGGGCGCAGCUCGCCACCGCGCUAGAGGGGCUCGUGUCCGUCACCGCGCACAGGGGCAUUGUGGGGGACGCCGUGUCAUAUUCCGGGCUAGUAAGUAACUGUGAGAACACAGCAGAUGAAUCCCCGCAUGUUGAAGGUGCUCGAUGCUCAGGCCGUCAUGCACCGGUGAUUUACACCGGUCAUGUUCUUAAUCACUGCCGCAACGUCACUCGCAGUAAAAAGGUGAAGGUGACGACUUUGGCUACCAGGGGCGGUAUGAGCAUCGCGCACCUCCCCAAGCGACAGCACCGCUGGUUCGACCUUAAUGAAUUUAUUUUGAUGAAUUUAUUUUUAUUACAGACUAACGAAAUGUUUCAUCGCGAGAUGGCGGCCGCAGGGGUCGCCGUGUCGCCGUACGCGCCACAGACCUACGACGCGGUCUGGGCCAUCGCCCUGGCGCUCUCGAAGGCAGAGCAGCUCUGGCAGAGCCUGGACAUGACGCAAUACAACGGGACCCUGCUUAAAGGAGGCGCUAACAUGGCCUUGAGCCACUUCGAUUACAAUAGAAAGGAUAUGGCGGAAGAGUUCUUGAAUCAAUUGGCGAAUCUUAGUUUUCUUGGAGUUUCGGGACCAGUUUCAUUCAAUGGGGCAGACAGGAUUGGCACUUCUGCGUUCUAUCAAAUACAAGGUAGGAAGCGUACCGUAGCACUGUACACGCAAGGCCGGGCGAUGGCGUGCGCGGAGUGCGCGCGCGCGGCGUGGGGCGGCGGUGUGCCGGCCGCGCGCCGCGUGCUCGUGCUGCGCGUCGAGUCUGUGUGGGCGCCGGCGCGCCUCGCCGUCGCAGCGCUCGCCACUGCCGGGGUUGCGCUCUCCACGGCGUUCCUAGCGUUCAAUCUGCACUACAGCAAGCGGAGAUCAAUAAAGCUUUCGUCGCCUCGUCUAAAUAACAUGACGCUAAUUGGCUGCGUGUUGGUGUACACCGCGGUCGCUCUACUCGCCGUUGACAACUCUAACCUGCCGCCCUACGUGUCUUUCUCCGCCAUGUGCAUUGGUAGAGUAUACAUCUUAUCAGCGGGUUUUUCCCUCGCUUUCGGCUCCAUGUUCGCAAAAACCUACAGGGUGCACAGGAUAUUUGUCAGCAACCGAAGCGGCGUGUGCAAGACGAAGCUCCUGCAAGACACUCCACUGAUCUCGCUGGUGUGUGCUCUACUGCUGCUGGACGGCCUGCUGGUUACAUUGUGGGCCGCGCUGGACCCCAUGCAGCGCCAGCUCAAGAACCUCACGCAGGAGAUCAGCGCCGACGACCGCAGCGUCGUCUACCAGCCACAGAUAGAAGUGUGCAAAUCUCAAAACACGGCUGGCUGGUUAUGCGCGCUUUACGCAUAUAAAGGACUCCUACUAUUAGUGGGCGUAUACAUGGCCUGGGAAACUAGAAACGUUAAAAUAUCAGCCCUUAACGACUCCAAGUACAUCGGCAUCAGCGUCUACUCCGUUGUCAUCACCAGUACGAGUGUAGUCGUCAUUGGAACGAUCAUUUCUGAGAGAGCUACGUUAGCCUUUAUAACGAUUACAAGCCUCAUUCUUAUAACAACGACGUCAACUUUGUGUCUGCUGUUCUUGCCGAAGAUUGUAGCAAUAAGGAGUAGUAAAACUGAAGACGACCCCGUAAUUGAGAGCUUGGGGCUAAGGUUGGAGUGUAAGACGCGGCGCUUUGUCACCGACGAAACGCAAGAGCUGCACUUUCGUAUUGAGAUUCAGAACAAGGUGUACAAGCGCGAAGUGGCCGCGCUGGACAAAGAGAUUGGUCGCCUGGAACGGCUACUAGCAGAGCCAAUUGAAUCCGCCACCAGCUCCAACGCUUCCAUUGCACUUCACAAACGGACCGAAUUAAACACCGUAGAAGAAGAAGACCGUUGUCGUUCAGAUCCAGGAAAGAGGACACCGAGCAUCACUGGCGGCUUGCCCAUGCUAUUACUGUCUGUGUUACCGCCAGUCAUCCCUCGCGCCAGCUGGCCCUCCGCCGAGCACUGCCGGGGAAGAAACUCCGUCAGCUUCAGCUCACAACCUAAACUAAAUUAUCGCAAAUCUCAACCAGCAAUAGACCUAUACAGCCUUUGCUUAAACAAACGAGAAGAACAUCACGGUUUUCUCAGCAGAAUAAGAAGCUUUUUCGGAGGCAGCAGUAGACCGACCAGCAGAAAAGCCUCAACCAUGUCUAUCGCCGACCCUACGGGACAGAGCAUUGCCGCUGCUCUAAAGAUGCAUGUAGGCAUGAUCGCUGGAUUAGUUCCAGGAAACAGAAAACAUUCAAUGGUCUUAUCCUGCAACACUUUAAAUGUACCUUCCUACCCUGAGUUAAAACUAAGACGGGAAUCUUAUGCCAAAAGUGGUCCAAUUAUUCGUAUAACAGACGAUGAGCCUUCCUGCUCCAAGUAUGAACGACCUCCUCAGAAAUACAUUGCAGAACCAGAGACGAAAGUUAAUUUUGUAUUACCAACUAUCCACAAAAGUCCAAUGUCUCACGAGAACUCUUGUGAAAAAAUAAAAGGGUCACCAAGAUUUCCACAUAGAAUCUCACCUGCUGCGUCUAGUUUAACUACUUUGAGCGGGAGGAAAACCAGCGCUGAUAGCGUCUUUAGCAUAACAGGAAGGACCUUUGACGAGCAAAGACGGUAUAGCCAUCAGAAUGUGACCAACCAGGAGCCUAAAGGCAAAGCCGUGCUAGAGAGCAGGUGGAAGUCAACGGAGGACGCAAGACCGGGUCCCUCGUCAAGGGAUUAGAUGUAAAUUGUGCCAAAAUUGUGCCAAUUAAACAUUAUGUUUUUUCUACUUAUAGCAGGAAUGGUA